GCCUUGCGGGGCAGUGUGGGAGGGAGAAGCCCAGGUCGGACAGGCCGGGCCCACCCGCGCUCGCCUACCCCGAGAUGGCUGGGAGGCAGGAAGAGCAGAGAGGGAGCCCGCCCUUGAGGGCGGAAGGCAAGGCCGACGCGGAGGUUAAGCUCAUUCUGUACCACUGGACGCAUUCCUUCAGCUCUCAAAAGGUGCGCUUGGUAAUUGCUGAAAAGGCAUUGAAGUGCGAGGAACAUGAUGUAAGUCUGCCCUUGAGUGAGCACAAUGAGCCUUGGUUUAUGCGUUUGAACUCAACUGGAGAAGUGCCUGUCCUUAUCCACGGGGAAAACAUAAUUUGUGAGGCCACUCAGAUCAUUGAUUAUCUUGAACAGACUUUCCUGGAUGAAAGAACACCCAGAUUAAUGCCUGAUAAAGGAAGCAUGUAUUACCCACGGGUACAACAUUACCGAGAGCUGCUUGACUCCUUGCCAAUGGAUGCCUAUACACAUGGCUGCAUUUUACAUCCUGAGUUAACUGUGGACUCCAUGAUCCCGGCUUAUGCAACUACAAGGAUUCGUAGCCAAAUUGGAAACACGGAGUCUGAGCUGAAGAAACUUGCUGAAGAAAACCCAGAUUUACAAGAAGCAUACAUUGCAAAACAGAAACGACUUAAAUCAAAGCUGCUCGAUCAUGACAAUGUCAAGUAUUUGAAGAAAAUUCUUGAUGAGUUGGAGAAAGUCUUGGAUCAGGUUGAAACUGAAUUGCAAAGAAGAAAUGAAGAAACCCCAGAAGAGGGCCAGCAACCUUGGCUCUGCGGUGAAUCCUUCACCCUGGCAGACGUCUCACUUGCUGUCACAUUGCAUCGACUGAAGUUCCUGGGGUUUGCAAGGAGAAACUGGGGAAACGGAAAGCGACCAAACUUGGAAACCUAUUACGAGCGUGUCUUGAAGAGAAAAACAUUUAACAAGGUUUUAGGACAUGUCAACAAUAUAUUAAUCUCUGCAGUGCUGCCAACAGCAUUCCGGGUGGCCAAGAAAAGGGCCCCAAAAGUUCUUGGCACAACCCUUGUGGUUGGUUUGCUUGCAGGAGUGGGAUAUUUUGCUUUUAUGCUUUUCAGAAAGAGGCUUGGCAGCAUGAUAUUAGCGUUUAGACCCAGACCAAAUUAUUUCUAGGUUUGUUGGGAUCUUAUGGUGGCAGCUCAUCCAAGCAUUUAGCUAGACCUUAUGAUUGCCGAUAGCUCUCUGAGUCUGUCUUAUUGAGUAGUUAGCAGUAUUUUUUCCUAAAAUUCAAAAGUCAUCUUUGUUACACAUUACAGGGGUUCAGAUAGCAAUAGGACACAAAAUUGCUUCAUUCUACAACUGCCAGCUCCAGGCAGAGAUCGGAAGGCAAAGAGAUAAGGAAAAAUGAGAGAAUGAAGUCUGUAUAGGGUAGAGCAAUAGAAAGUAAGCUUUGGGUGCCUCCAACAUUCAUGACUGUCCCAUUGGUAAACCUCACAUUUAGUUACUUGUGGCCACUGCCCACACAUACACUCCUGUAAUUGAGAACUCUUAGGAGAGGACUAGGGAAUCACUGGGGAUAGUGGGCUGGAGAGAACCCCAGGCUUUAUAUGUAUAGCAUCUCAUUUGACAUCAGUGUUAAUUUUAAAUGCUUAUGAAUCACACACAUUGCUUUAGUGAGAUUAAGUAUAUAUUCCUUAUAUACUUGGAAAUGUGAUGCUCAUUGGAACACAUCCGCCUAGCAUUUAUGUAAAAGUCUUAAGUGAUAUUAAGAUGAUUCCUUACCAUUUCAGAUGGUCCACAGUUUGAAUUACCAAGUGGUAAUGGUUCCUUACUGUUUUAUGUUUUAGAUGGUGCCUGUGAUACCAUUCCUCUGGAUGGUCAUGUCCAGUGGGAGGUAGAAAGGGUGGCCUCUGUAGCCCUCUUCGUGCACAUAAGUGGCAUUUAUGUGAAUGUCCCAGCUAAUCACUAGCAUGUCAUAUGGCUGGGUAGUGGGUAUUUUGAUGACCUGGUAGCACCAAAUAUGUUCAUUCUUCAUUUGGGGAGGCUGGUGUGUUAACACAGAAAUUGUUGUCCAGAUCUUUCAUCUGUUUAUGAUAUUAACAAAAACUUGUUAGAAAGGUCUAGUCUUAGCACUUGGCAGUUAAUCUAGGGAAGAUGAAUUAAAAGGAUAGAUAGUGAUGCAUACCUGUAUUCAUUCAUGUAUGUUUAAGGGAUUUGGGGAGGAUACCUCAGUUCAUCUGGAAGGGACAGUCCCAGUGUGUCCCAUGAAUAACCACGGAACUGCAGCAAAUGGUUUGUGCUCAGAAAAAGUCUUUCAUGGUCACAAGAAGGCACCAUGGAGCUGGCCGUGAAGGCCUUAGGAGCCAUUUGUGGUGUCUGGUGGGUAGCAGGCAUAGAUAUGAUGUGCCGAGGUCCCUGUGAACAACAGUAGCCAAAGAAUGUACUAACUUCAUCAUUAAUAGGAAAGGCAUACCUAGGAAGCAAUGACUUUUUGAUGGUAAAAUGAUUCUUUAAUUCUAUUUUGAUGGGCUGUAAUUCCAUUUCGUGACCUAGUUAUAUUAGAAAACCUUGAUGAACUAUAUGUUCCUGAUUUACAAAAGAUUACUAAGACCUCUAGAGUAAACUCAAUCAGACAAUAA